GCUGAGCUUUAGAUUGAAGUCUUAAAUCUGAAAUAGGAAAUGGACUUACAUAGUUACAUGUAGAAUGUUUCCUUAAUUAGUAGAUGGAUCAUGUUGUUUUCUUCCCCUUUUACCAUCUUUAAUAUUUAAAUAUUUAAUUUUUCCCACAGAUUCUUGACGUGAGGGUGCAUUAGGUGGCUUCUGGUAGUGAAGAGGUUUUAAGAGAAUCUGUAUAUAUUGAUGCAGAUGGACACCUAUUGUAACAAUAAUGGUAUCAUGGAAUCAAAAUUAACGCCGGAUCUGAGUGAGAAACUAAUAGAGGAUUUCUGUAAAAAAGCAUCCACAUCCUUUUUCGAACAACAUGGGCUAAUAAGCCACCAGAUUAACUCUUACAACGACUUCCUAAGAAAUGGAAUUCAAAAUGUCUUUGAUUCUUUGGGUGAGAUCAAUGUUCAGCCUGGACAUGACCCCUCUGAAAAUGAAACUGUACGGAGAUAUGCCUCUGUCAAGCUUGGAACGGUCACCUUAGAGAGGCCAAUGUUUUGGGCAGGUGAGAACUUCUCAACUGAAAGUGGUUCAGAGUACCUGAUCCUCUUGCCUAAACAUGCUCGCCUUCAAAAUAUUACCUAUUCAUCCAGGAUGAGUGUUCAGAUUCAGUAUGAGGUAUAUACUCAAGAGACGGUUGAAAGUGAUAUCCUGGAAACUGGAAAAGAGCACGUGGGGAAAAAGGUUUUAUUGGAAGAUAGUAGAGAUAUUACCAUUGGCAGGUUACCUGUGAUGGUCAAGUCUGACUUGUGCUGGAUGAGCGACAUAACAAAAGGCGAUUGUGACUUUGAUCAUGGAGGGUAUUUCUUAAUCAAGGGAUCUGAGAAGACUUUCAUUGCACAAGAGAAAUCUUGUUUGAAGAGACUUUGGUUGAUUAACAAUCCAAUCUGGACGGUCAAAUAUCGCUCAUCUAUUGGAAAGGAAAGGGUCUACGUUAAGCUUCUUGACACUCAUAUUAGAGGAGGGGGGAAAGUCAUUACAGUGUAUUUGUUUAACUCGGUGGAGAUUCCUAUAUGGAUCUUGUUCUUUGCUCUUGGUGUAUCCUCUGACAAAGAAGUGGUUGAUUUAAUUGAUGCUGAAGCUAAAGAUAAUACUAUUGUCAAUACACUUCUUGCAUCAAUUUACGAUGCUGAACAGAAGUUUAAGGACUUCAGGAAGGAGGGGAAGGCUUUUAAUCAUCUUUCAGAGGCACUUAGGCAGAAAUGGAGCUACACACCUAAACAAACCUUCAAAAGCUGCAUCGAAGAAAUUUUGUUUCCUAAUCUUCAUGGGUUUAACCGAAAAGCUAGGUUUCUCGGGUAUAUGGUGAAAUGUCUGUUGGAAGCUUAUACUGGUCGUAGGAAAGUUGAUGAUAGAGAUAGUUUCAGAAGCAAGCGGGUGGAAUUGGCAGGCGAGCUACUUGAGAGAGAACUAAGAGUUCACUUGAAACAUGCUGUUAGGCGAAUGAUAAAGGCUUUGCAAAGAGAUCUUUGGGGAGAACGCCCUUUACACCCAAUUGAGCACUACUUGGAUGCAUCAGUUGUUACUAAUGGUCUUUCAAGGGCAUUUUCAACAGGUGCUUGGGUACAUCCUUAUAAGCGGAUGGAGAGAAUCUCUGGUGUGGUGGCCCAUCUUAGGAGAGCAAAUCCUUUGCAGAUGAUGGCUGACAUGAGGAGAACACGUCAGCAGGUUCAGUAUACAGGGAGGGUUGGAGAUGCCAGAUACCCGCAUCCUUCACACUGGGGAAAAGUCUGUUUUAUGACUACUCCAGAUGGAGAGAACUGUGGAUUGGUAAAGAAUUUCUCCAGUACUGGUCUUGUGAGCACUAACGUCCCAGAAAAUCUGUUUGAUGUAUUAAUCAAGUGCGGAAUGAAAGAAUUAGUUGACGACAUUUCAACAUCACUUGGUGGAAAGCACAAAGUUUUUGUUAAUGGAGAUUGGGUUGGAAUAUGUGAUGAUGCUGCUUCACUUGUUGAUGUCAUUAGAAGCAAACGGCGCAGAAAGGAAAUACCGUAUCAGGUGGAGAUUAAACGAGAUGAGAAGCAUGGGGAAGUGCGUAUAUUCUCUGAUGCUGGAAGGCUUAUGCGGCCUCUUUUAUUCGUUGAGAAUUUAAAAAAGAUUAAAUUUCUGAAAGGGUCUGAUUAUUCCUUUCAAAAUCUUUUGGAUAAUGGAAUUAUUGAGCUCAUUGGGACCGAAGAGGAAGAAGAUUGCUACACAGCAUGGGGAGUUCAGUAUCUUUUUCAUGAUAAAAGUUCACAUCUUUACACACAUUGUGAGCUUGAUAUGUCGUUUCUCUUGAGUUUGAGCUGUGGAAUAAUUCCUUUUGCAAAUCACGAUCAUGCAAAACGAGUCCUCUUCCAGGCUCAAAAACACUCUCAACAGGCCAUAGGAUAUUCGACAACUAAUCCAAACAUUAGAGUCGAUACCCUCAGUCAUCAGUUAUUUUACCCCCAAAAGCCACUUUUUCGAACUUUUCUUUCUGAUUGUCUUGGAGCACCCAAAUAUAGUAACAGCCAUAACGGAGGAAUGCAGUCAAGAGAUGAAUAUUACAAUGGACAAUGUGCUAUUGUUGCUGUAAAUGUUCACCUUGGUUACAACCAAGAGGAUUCAUUGGUAAUGAAUCGUGCUUCACUAGAGCGUGGUAUGUUUAGAUCAGAACAUGUUAGAAGCUACAAGGCGGAAGUUUGUAACAAGGAAUCCUUUGGGAAGAAGGGAAAGCUUGAGGAUAACAUAAUCUUCGGGAAAAUCCAAAGUAAAAUCGGCCGUGUAGACAACCUAGAUGAAGAUGGAUUUCCAUAUGUUGGUGCCAACUUAAACAGUGGUGAUAUUGUCAUAGGAAAGUAUGCAGAAUCAGGGGGUGAUCAUAGUAUCAAAUUGAAGCAUGGUGAAAGAGGAUCCGUGCAGAAAGUUGUACUAUCUGCUAAUGAUGAUGGAAAAAACUUCGCCACCGUAUCUCUGAGACAGGUACGUUCACCAAGUCUCGGCGACAAGUUCUCAAGCAUGCAUGGGCAGAAAGGGGUUUUGGGGUUUUUGGAGUCUCAGGAGAACUUUCCUUUCACGAUAGAAGGAAUAGUUCCAGAUAUUGUAAUAAACCCGCAUGCGUUUCCUUCUCGCCAAACUCCAGGUCAGCUGCUUGAGGCUGCAUUGGGCAAGGGGAUUGCCUUGGGUGGCUCAUUGAAAUAUGCCACCCCUUUUUCUACCCUCUCUGUUGACGCCAUAACCGACCAACUUCACAGGUGUGGAUUUUCAAGAUGGGGGAAUGAGAGAGUUUACAAUGGGCGUACAGGGGAAAUGGUUGAGUCUCUGGUGUUCAUGGGACCCACCUUUUACCAGAAGCUGGUCCACAUGUCGGAGGACAAGGUCAAGUUCCGUAACAUCGGGCCCGUCCAUCCUCUCACACGACAACCGGUGGCGGACCGCAAGCGUUUUGGUGGGGUCAAGUUUGGGGAGAUGGAGAGGGACUGCAUCAUAGCCCAUGGUGCAACCGCCAACCUAUACGAGCGCCUCUACACACUCUGUGAUGCUUCACAUAUGCACAUCUGCAGGAAAUGCAACAACAUGGCGAGCGUGAUCCAGAGGUCGGUCCCACGUGGACCCAAGAUUCGUGGACCCUACUGCCGUUUCUGCGAGUCCGUUGAAGAUGUCGUGAAGGUGAACGUGCCAUAUGGGGCCAAAUUACUUUGGCAGGAGCUCUUCAGCAUGGGAAUUGCUAUCGAGUUCAAUUCGGAGCUUUGCUGAAUGACUUGUUUCCGCAUGUAUAAAUUAGGCAUGUAAUUUGCUGUAAGCAGAAACUGGAUAAGGUGCUCUAACUCUUAAUUGUACUUGUUCAUGACUUAGGGUGAUUGGAUUUGCAUUUUGAAACUGAUUAUUUUGACUUAAAAGUCAUAAUAAUCUGUUUUAAUGUGUGGGUAAAGUAAUUAUUCUGAUUCUGAUUCUGAUUAUUUUGGGGUCAAAAAACUAGGUUUUGAUAAUCAGUCUCAUACUGGCUGUAACAAAAUUCUUAUCUAAGAAAAAGUAAAAUUACU